CACACCUUACCAGCUUUUAGUGCUCGUCUCCUCCUCAUAUUACACAACUUAUAGGCAGGACCAGGACCAGGCUCCCCCCAGCUUGUUGGCUGACUUGUACACGUCAGCAGUCAAUGAGUUGAAGUAAGGAUCAUCAUCACGGCUGAGUUCCUUCUUCCUGGUGUCAGCCUUUUAGUCACGGGUGCGGGGGAAAAAGAACGAGUUUUUGUUCGUCAAAUGUCCCAGUUUUUAAGUGGACGUUGUGUUGGAGUCUGACAGUCUCGCGACGCUAGUCGACGUAGAAGCGCGCGAGCUGAUAAAAUGUUUACACUGAAGUCUCGCGCCACGCUGAGGUGACUACUCCCCCCCGCCCCCACCCCAUUUUUUUUUAAAUAAUAUUUUUUCAAUCAAACCUUCCAAAAUCUUUUUUUUUCUGAUGAGAAAAUGAGGUUUCGCCUGCUGAAGAGGAAUGUACUCGUUUUGUUGGGUGUUGUUUUUGUCGUUGGGACUCUCCUGGUCUCAACACGUGUCCUAAUAAUGUCCAGGAAUGACACAAGUGGAACCCCAAUCCAGGCCGAGGGAAGUGACGUGUUAAAGUUUAACUUUAACUUUGACUCCAUAUCGGCGUUGACUAAGUCUAUUUACAUCGCCAAUCACAAGCAGUUCGUUCACAAUGCAGAGAAGUUUCCAGGAGAUCCUCGGCUGGUGCUGGUGGUACAGGUCCACAACAGGCCCGAAUACCUCAAACUGCUCGUCAGGUCCUUUGAGAAAGCUGCCGAGGUCCACAGCUUCCUCCUGAUCUUCAGCCAUGACUACUUUUCAGAGGAAAUGAACGCCAUUGUGCAAGGGAUAACGUUCUGCAAAGUCCUGCAAAUCUUCUUCCCCUUCAGCAUGCAGCUGUAUCCCAGAGAGUUUCCCGGACAGGAUCCUCGAGACUGCCCCCGAGAUGCAUCCAAGGAGGAGGCUCUCAGCACAGGAUGCCUGAACGCGGAGCACCCCGACUCUUAUGGACAUUACCGGGAAGCCUUCAUCACACAAACCAAACACCACUGGUGGUGGAAGAUGCACUUUGUUUGGGAGAGAGUCCAGGCUUUGCAGGGUUAUAGCGGGUUUGUCCUCUUUUUGGAAGAGGACAACUAUAUCUUACCUGACUUUUUCCAUUUUUAUAAAUUAAUGGUGGAGUUCAGAAAGAGUAGCUGCCCAGAUUGUGACAUGCUGGCUUUGGGUAACCACAAUGGAGUUGACAAUUUUACCAGAUUGUCCAAUAAGGUGUUGACCACUGGGUGGAUGUCCACCAAACACAACAUUGGCAUGGGCAUCUCCAGGGAGGUUUACUACAAGCUGAUGGGCUGCACCAACGAGUUCUGCACCUACGACGACUACAACUGGGACUGGACCCUGCAGCAUCUCUCAGGAGCCUGCAUACCGAAACCCCUCAAAGUGAUGGCAGCACUUGGGUCCAGAGUUCUCCAUACGGGAGACUGUGGACUUCACCAGAAUGAGGACUGCAGACCAGAAUGGGUGUCGCAGAGAGCGGAGGAGCAGCUUCAAAUGGCUAAAGAUGGCAUGUUUCCCGCUUCUGUUAUCCUUAAUGAUGCAGAAACAGUAAAAUAUGAACCACACAUGAAGAAUGGUGGAUGGGGAGAUGUCCGAGACCACGUUCUUUGCAAAAACUAUGUCAAACGGCUUUAAAAAGGUUUUUCCUCAACACAGAAUGUUAAUCUUUUUCUGCAAAAUAUGUGCCAUGCAUAAUUGUUUCAGGGUUUUCGAGGGUGACUUUGUCCACUUGGAAUACAUCUUAAGUUAAGACUUGGACUUAAAUGUAAUUCCUCUGUUCUUCUUUAGCUUUCUAAUAAGCCAAAACAAAGUCUUACUUGAUGAUAAUGUGAGAAGGACCAAAUUUGAUCAAAUUAACAUUAAAAUAAUGGAUUGUGGACGUGCUAUAUGAAAUUAUGGACUUAAAGUCCUGACUCUUGAGAGAACAUCUCUGGUGUCGGCGAACAGAUGUCGCGAUGCAACAGUGUGCAAACAAACUCAACCGCGAUUGUAAUGAACAUUGGUAAUUCCUCUUUCCAUGAAAAUAAGAGUGUCUACGGAUUCCUAGUCUGGUAAUAAUCAGUUUACUAAUAAUUAUUACAGUAUGGGCUGCAAAUAACCAUUUCCAAAUCUGAUUAAUCUUGAUUAUUUUGUAAAUGAAUUAAUUAGUCAUUUGAUCCAUAAAAUGGUGAAAAGUGUCAAUUAGUGUUUCCCAAAACCCAAAAUUGUGUCUUCAAAAGUCUUGUUUUUUUCCAAAACCCAAACAUAUUCAAGUUAUGGUCAGAGAGGAGGAAAGAAACAAACAAACAAAAAAAUCACAUUUGAGAAAAUGAAAUUUAAAAAAAGUUUUGUUUUUGGUUUUAAUUUAGUAGUUCAUUACUCAUCGAUUAUUCUUUUCAGCUGCACAGGAGACUCAAAUACGAGGGCAAAUUCUUCCGCUGUUGUAUGUCAACCACUACAAUUGUGGUUGAGUUAGCGAGACUCUUACUAAAAUAGCGAUCGAGUUGGCGGUUGCAACAUGGCACUGCAGAAGUUAGUUGCAAAUAUGCAAAACAUCACCUGGGUGUAAAUAAUCUCCAAACAAGCCAAAUAAAAGGGUAAUUUUGUAAAGCAUAUAUACAUAGGUAUUUCUUACAAGCAAGGACAAAAUAAUUUAAGAUGUUUAUGUUAAAUCAAACUAAUUUUUCUAUGUUAUUCCUGAAAGACUCUUUAAAGUUAUUGCUGGUAUUUCUGGUAAUUGUCCAACAAUUUUCAGAUCAAAGUGCAAUAAAAUUUUUAGAAACGACAAACUUAAAUCACACAUUGUAGCAACAGCAUGAACCCUGCGCAUCUGUGGGUUUGUGGCACUUUAUCAAAUUGAUAAAGUACAAAGGAUCAUAGCCUGUCAUAUCAAUCCAUAAAACCACAGCUGAUUCAAGACCUGGUUGUUUCUUAACAGUAGGGCUGAAACUAAUGAUUAUGUUCCUGAUUAAUUACUCUAUUUGUUUUUAUAAGUAAUUGAAUCAUUUGGCACACCAACAGUCAAAAACCCCAAAUACUCAAUUUACAGAUAUCUGAAAUGGAGGGGGAAAAAAGAGCAAAUUAUCAUAUUUGAGAAGAUGUAAGAAUGUUUGACAUUUUUUUCUUUAAAAAAAAAAAAGCGCAAUUGUGACUCGAAAGAGCUGAUACUUUGUUUUGCACAAGUCAAAAGUUGCCCCCCUCCCCACCAAUGUGCCUUUUUAUUGAGUAAUUUUAAGUGCCAUUAAAAAAAAAUUAUAAAAAUGUGAGUGUCGUAUACACACUAAGUGUGCGUACAACAAUCUGCAACAUAAGGGGAAAGUUAUGGUUUUAGUUUUUGUGUAUAACUGCCGUCUCUGAUGUUGACUGCUGACUUUACUGUGAAAAUUAUUUCAUGCACAUAAUGGAUUUUGUUACUGAAUGUACCAGGACUCACAUCGUGCCAUCAAGGACUUCGUAAUUGAUCACUGUUUUGCAACAGCUGGACUAUUUCUGGGAUAUAUUUACUUUCUGAUUGAGGGGAAAAUAUCAGCAUCCUUUGUGAUUCUGAAUUUGUGUGUUUGCACAUUCUUGGUUAACGGGUUGUUGGAUAAUAAGAGAAUAUUAGUUUGUAAGAGGCAAGGCAUUAAUAGUUCUUUCACUCAGUAUUUCCUUUAUUUUUAAAGUCACUUUUUGUCGUUUCAUUUUGGUUCAAAUAUUGGGUUGCAGCCAUUUGCAAGCAUAAAGAUGAAUUAACACCUUGAAGGCUGGACAAAGUGACCAAAAUAUUAGAAUUACUUUGAGUAAACCACCACUAGAAAUUUAUGCCAUUAUGGGUUCUCUGUUGAAGAUCACCCCUGUCCAUUCUCCAUGUAAUAUGGAGUUGUGUCAGCAAGGGUGUCCAGCGUAAAAUUUGUGCCAAAUCAGCAUGCAGAUGCAUAUCAGAACUGUUGUCACGAUCCCAAGUGAAAAAAGUGAGAAGCUGGAAGAACUUCCUGUAGUGCCUUUAUUCCAGGUUGUGAACAUGAGUUGUGAUUUUUAUUUCUACAGAGUCCAUUAGUUUGAGAGCACGACUAGAUUGUAUGUUUCUGUAAUUAUUCUGUGCCUUAUGUAGAUUUACGGUUAAGAAUAAUCUAAUCUGAUUUGAAAAGCACAAGCAGCUCUUGACAAGCGUUGGUUCCAGCGUUAAAGAUGUACUUGUCUGACUGUUUAUUCUGUGACAUAAUCAAGCUCUGAAUGUUUCCUUGAGCUUUGAUUACUUGAAAUUACCCUUUAUUAUUAUUAUUAUUAUUAUUAUCUGCCAAAUGGGGAAGGAAAAAAAUUAAAAGUGUCUACAUUUUCAA